AUGAACUGGGAUUUCAUUGACGACACGUACGGAUUUAUCUUACGUGUGGACGAUCUUACUCCUAAUGUCGGCCUUGUGUGGUACUUUUUCACACAAGUGUUCGAGCAUUUCCGGACGUUCUACUUGAUGGUGUUUCAAAUCAAUCUACUUGUAUAUGUGAUUCCACUUUUGUUGGGCUUAAGGAAAGAUGCUCACCUUCACUUUGUGAUCAGUUUGCUUUUGGUGGCAGUAUUUUCAUCUUAUCCCACUUUGAAUGAUGCAUCUGUCUACAUGGCUCUUCUUCCCAUGCUUGAGAAAUAUCGAAAGUACCCACGAUACACUCUCACCGUCGCUGGAACUAUUGUUACAUGUGUUAUAUUGAUGCCAGUAAUGUGGCAUAUGUGGAUCGUGGCCGGUUCGGGUAAUGCGAAUUUCUAUUUCGCUGUAACGCUGAUUUACAAUGUUGCACAGGUGCGUUUACGCUUUACUUCUUUUCGUUUGUGUCACUCAUAUUAA